AUGAGGAACACUCUGGAGACCCUGACCAGUGACACCAACAUCAGCAAGCACAAGAGUAAAAUGCAGAUGGAAGAGAUAAGAGAAGAGAAAUUUGGGAAUAUUACUCCAGCGAAACAGCCAUCUUCAGUGCAUUUUUUCCCAAAGGCAGUGGAUGUGGAUAGCACGCAAGUGCCUUUGUCACAGUCAUUUUCCCAUGAAAUACCGUUCAACAUCUACCAGAUCAGUAGUGCUCAGACUAGCGCUCUAACCUUAUCAUCAGCAGGACGGCUGACUUCUAAAUCUACCAUCCUGAGCCUCUCCCGAGGAGACACCAGCCUGGUGAAGCAGAGCACAAGCUACAUAACUCCAAAGAAACAGACGCUACUGAGCUUUGACUCCGAUACAUUCCUUCUGGGGGAUGGAGAGGAUUAUUUCCUUUCUUUGUUUGGAGACUCAAAGAGACUCGCCACAUAUUCGUCCCAAACCGAGGAUGUGAGCAAACACCUUUCUGUGAUUCUUGAAGAAGUUGGCCAGUUUACAUCCAGUUCUCUUGCAGACAUUAAAAUAGCUGAUGUCAAUGUCAAGGGCUUGUUCGUGAGGCUCGUCAACUCUUCCAUGGACAAAGAAGUGGAAAUUGGAAACCACAUCCUCCAACAGAACGUGGAUGGACAUGCAGUUUCCUUGUACCGGUUCCCCGCCAACAUCACCAUGCAAGCUGGUUCCACAGUGACGGUGUGGGCAGCAGCGUCGGAAGCAAAGCCCCAGCCACCAACAGACUUUGUUUGGGAGGAACAGAACAGGUUCCGAUCCAGUCCAGACUGCACGACCAUCCUAUGCAAACCCAAUGGUGAGGCCAUUGCCUGGUACACUCCGAUCCACUGGAAGCAAGCAUGGGAGAAGUUAGAGACUGAUAUUGAAUUUGAGAGAUCUUCAGUAGUGAUUCCAACAAUGAAAAGCCAUGUGUUCGGGUGGACAGCAACAUCUACUUCCUCCAUAAGUAAGGAAAAGCCAGAAUCAAUAAAGAAAGAGUCCUCGCAAUGUCAGAUAGAGCACAUCUACCCUUCUCUCGUGAGAGAAAAGGAAAUCUGGCCAUCCACUCUACCUAAUCAGAGUCCUUGGUGCCGCAGUCCCUAUGCCUCUCCACAUCCCUACUGUUCUCUCAUUGAAUCACAUGACUCAGACAUUUCUGAAAGCUGGAUGGAUACAAAGCUGAUGGCUCAGCCAGCCAAGCCUGAAUCAGCCCCAGAGACCAAGAAAAAGAAAUCA